AUGUUAGAAGUUUGUCGUAUAUUGGCGACGGGUUCGUUUAUUCUUUUUAAUGACCUUAUAUUUCUUUUCAAUGGUGCUGAGGAAAGCCUGUUGCUUAGCAGUCAUGCUUUUAUAACGCAACACAAGUGGGCCACUGAUAUCGUCGCUUUUAUGAAUUUAGAAGGGGCAGGUGCUGCUAAACGUUUAAUGCUUUUUCAAACUGGUCCUGGUCCGUCAUCAGAUGUCUUACUUGAAGCUUAUGCAAGUGCUUUCAAACAACCAUUUGCCAGUGUUUUGGGAGAAGAUGUGUUCCAGUUCGGACUAGUGCCGUCGGACACAGAUUACAGAAUAUUUCGUGACUAUGGGCUUGUCCCAGGGUUAGAUCUUGCGUAUAUACAAGACGGGACGGCUACAAUGCACCUCGAGAACUGGAAUCCUCAUUCAUGCAUCAAAUUAUGGAUUCCCGUAUAG